AUCCGGGAUUGAUUUCACUGAUAAUUCACUGAUUGCAUAAUUUUACCAAGUAUUUCAUGUUAACUGAAACCCACUUGUGUAAACGUUUAAUGUCACAAGUUUAUGUUUAAAGCAUUUCAGGUUGACCUUUAAAGAAUGUCCUCAACAAUUAUCUGUGCCCCCCCCCCCUGUGUUGGAUCAUAUCUCAUGAACUUUUUUUUCGGCGGCACUGAUUGAAGCCAACAGGUGGUCUCACACGUCGACAGCGUGUGUCGGUUUAUUAUUUGCUGCCAUUGUGUACAAUUCCAAAGAGAAUAGCUGCCCUUGCUGCAAUUGUUUACUACUUAAGAGAGAUAAUGAAAUUUACUGUACACAAUUGCGCCUUUAGGUCGUCAAGAUAAGUCACGCCUCGUGCGGUCAAAUGAAAUUACAAACAUUUUCUGCAUUCCGCUUGUAGAAUACCUCGACAUAAAAUUGCACGUAAGGCUUGUAAUUUAUUAUUCGAUUCCGGAAAUUAACCAACACCGACAAUAUUUAAUGUAAGAAAAAGGUUAAGGCAUCGAUAGGCGAUGGUUGAUAAGACGCUUCAAUAACUCAUAGUGAUAAUUCAACAGAACGAAGCUGAAAACCCAUUUUAUUAUUUUAAAUGUUAUUGAUUUAAUUAUGUUGUCCACCCUCUAGCAGUUAACCGACACGUGCUUCGCAAUUAGAAUUAGGUAUUUUUGUAACCCAUCCCUUUUAAAGUUUCAAUCCAGCAACGGAUACUGGUACUUCCGAACCCUGCCUUCUUUAGCGCUUUAGUUUUCUUUUUGUUUGUUCUUUUCAAGGUAUUCUUGCACCAAAUUUUGUAAAAAGAAAAAGCAGACCCUUCCUAUUUGAUUGCGGGUUUUUUUUACAGUUAGUUGCUCGGUCGGGGAUGUAACAGACUGGUGUAAAAUGCUUCAGUUAUUGCGUAAAUGGACGUUAACAUUCCUGGUUGUAACAAACCAAAAUCUUUCCAUUUUUAUUUAAUUUUAUUGCACGUCGGCACAACUUGAUAGUUCAUUUGACGGAUGUGAAGUCCAACCUGUCUAACGAUAAAAAAAAAAGUAAAUAUUUUGCAUCUGCGUUGUUUCCUUUUUGCGAUUUUAAUGGAUGCUUAAGAGAAGUCGGCUGGCCAACGGGCUCAUUAGAAGACGGCCAACAACAUCACGGUUGACGUUUCCCUUCUGUUUCAAAAAGUGUUUAAAUCCCACUCCAACUCGGCCAUGUCUCAAUUAUACAAGUGCGUGCGGCUAAUGUUUAUUAUUGGAGUUCGAUUUCUUGUGUUUGGUGACGUUAAUGGACUCGAAGAAAACGAGGAAGUGAUUGACGAUUUCGAUACGGGCACGGCAACCUAUUGGCAAUUGCCAAACAACAGUUCGGCGACAAUUUGGCAGUUGUCGAUGCACGGAGAACUGCUUCCUCCCGGAAUCGAUAUUUUGCGACCGCCAAGCGUAGAAGGCGACGGUUUUCUCGAAGUUUUCCCGCUAUCCGACACUGUGGCUCAAAUUUAUUCCAAUGUCUUUGAUUUGUUGCCUGGUGCCACUGUCGAGUUGACGUACUGGAAUUCCGACAGUACUUAUACUUUCCGACACACAGUUUUGCUAGUCUACAACGAGUUUAGGCAAAUCGAUGAUGAAACGGGUACCGAACCACCGCUCAAAUCAGUGCUAGUUUACAGUGCACCAUUAUUAACUGAUCAAUUUCUCGGCUGGAGAACAGAUUUGAUUGACCUUAAAAUCACGGAACCGUCAAAAAUUCAGAUUCGUAUCGAUGGCUCCAUUUUGAAAACUAACGAAAGUGGAUUAGCUGUUACUAAGAUUGUCAUCAAGAACGGUGUGGAGAUGAGCACAACGAGCAGCCCUUCUUCGACAAUGCUGAGCAGUAGCAGCACUCCAACGGAAGCUUCAAGCACUAUCGGUAGCACACUGAGCCAUUCCACUAGCACGGAAUCGACUUCUUCUAGCAGCAUACCCUCUAGUUCGUCCACAUCAUCCACCGUUAUCCCCACCACAAUUUCCAGCUCAACAACGUCUUCCACUAUAUUAUCGACUUUGAGCGUUUCGUCUUCGAGUUUACCUCCUACCUUUUACAGUUCAAAUCCAUCUUUAGAACUCUCCACUACUACAACCAUUUCUUCCAGCCCGAGCACUAGUUUAGCCACCGAUUCUACCUAUCCAUCAUCUCUACUUCCGCCGUCUGGCAUGACGUCAAACCAAUUGCGGCAGGAUGUUUUAAUUGGCGUCGGUGUUGCUAUUCUUUUGAUUUUAUUAAUUUCCUUGCUUGUCGUCUUUUGCUAUAAGCGGUACCGGCGUCGCGCCUAUCUCAUCGAGAGUAGGCAACUUGAAAACGGGAUUAUUCAACAGGUUAAACAACUAGAUGAUUAUCCUAUUCUUCCUUACAAAACUGACUAUGAUAGCCCUUCGAAUUCUUCAACAAAUUGA